GUUACCUUUACAAUAUGACUCCGGUCUCUUUCAGUGCAAAUAGUCAUGAAGUUGCACAGUUAUUGUACAUUUUUUUAUUCAAUAUGUAUUUUGUUAUAUUCAGCCGUUGUAGUUAAUUCAAUAGAUGUAGUAACAACAAUUCCUUUGGAUGUCCAGAGAGUUUUACACAAAACUAAUAUUAGUGAAAUAAGAGCUCAUCUAAACGGAUCUAGAAGAAUCAUAUCAGGACUAGAAGCUCAUAAUAACAGACCAUAUAUGGUUUAUUUAAAACUACCGUCAAACAAUCCCAAAUACAAGAACUACCGUCACUGGUUAUGUGGUGGCGUGAUUAUACAUGACCAAUACGUCCUAACAUCCGCCGCUUGUAUAGAAGACGCGAAACAUUUCUAUGUCGUUUCUGGCACAUAUAGGCACAACGAUGAAGACGAUCGUUUUAAUAAUAUCUGUCUCAAAAAUGGCGCCAAGAAGGCCAUUUGGAAAUGUAUUCCAAGAAACUACGUGUUCGAUGGCCACGAGAACGACAAUAUACGUUGGAUGAACAAUGACAUAGCGAUAGUUAAAGUUGAAGACGAGUUCGACUUUAACCGUCGUGUGAGAGGAUGUGACUUCGUCCCUCGACCGAUAUGUUACAACAACCAAACCAGUCGCUACGAGGAUCCAGGGAACGUGGCCUCAAUCGCCGGAUGGGGCAGCACUGAUAAAUACAAUGAUUGGGUAAACAAAGGAGGUUCGUCGACAUCACAGGAUUUAUUAGAGGCAGAUGUUGUUAUCAUCACUAAGAACAACUGCAAGCGUCAAUGGGGUCCUCGAUACCACAGUAUCAUAGAUAAUUAUAUGAUCUGCUCUAGAGACACCAUACCAGAGCUGAGCGAAGUCUGUAAUGAGAAAUAUGUUGAGUGUACAGAUAUAAUGUACUCUAUGGAAGAAUCACGGAGAGUUAACCCGAGUGAGUUGAGACUUCACUCCGCCUUUCAUAACGAUUCGGGGAGACGACAGGAGGCCGGCAGUGGAGGAUUUUGUGAGAACGACCACGGCGGCCCAUUAAUUUAUGGGCAGGGUUCUAGCGCAAUAGUCAUAGGUAUCAUAUCGGCUUGCCUCGUUAAAGAACGCACCAACAAAUGCUAUGGACCUUAUCUGUACACGAGCGUCUACAAGAACCGCAUGCUCAUCAACUGUGCCAUCUACAAGGAUAUCGCAGGCGAUUGCACAAAACUAUUUAGAGCUAGCGACACCCACAUCGAAGAGCACAUAAGUUGGGCUGAUCAUCCUGAUGGCCCAGCCAAAAACGAAAUAUCAAAAAUGAGGCGAACGGAAGAAGAGAAAAUCAAAAAUAAUACGUUGAGGUCGAAUAGAACAGAACACAAACCGCCGUUAGACAAAGUUAUCAAGCACGGCGGUGUCGUGUUAAGAGCGUUUGACGAUCGUGAAGACUUCAAUGAAAGUAUGGAUAAUACUAAUUCCACUAGAAGUGGCUGAAAUACAUUUUUUUAAUUUAA